CCUUGGUGUUUAGCUGGCGCCGGACCACCUGAUCCGUGAGGUCUGAUAAACUACCUACCGCCAUGCGGAUGGCAACGACGACCAGACUUCUGCCAUAAUGCCGCCUCCGCGAAUGCCCACAGGGCUCCGUAACGAUCUAUUUGUUAAGUUCUGACGCCAGCUUAUCUGUAUGUCCUAGUCGGGGAUAACGUCUCUGCAACUGUAAGCCCCUGCCGACGCCCCUCAAGAUGAGUGACGCAGGUGGCGGCCGUGCUAGGACCAUGGACAGCGAGGACGACCCGGCGGAAGUCGAGCCCAGUUGGAUAUGGUUCGCAUCGUCGGCAUUCCCCAUGAUAUGCGGCACCCUGGGGCCAGUAGCGAAUGCCUUUAGCAUCUGCGCUCUUGCACGACCAUGGAGGCAGUUUAUUGCUCCCGGGGAAGACAUCCAGGACGCCCAGAACGUUCCUGAUCCGACAUGGUUGAUCGCCAUUAACGCCAUCCAGCUGGCCAUUGCCAUCGUGGCCAAUCUUUUCCUCCUACUGAACAUGGCCAAGCGGAUACGGUUCGCCAUCGCCCAACCGGUGACCAUCAUCGGCUGGUAUACUUCGUCCCUCUGCUUGAUUGCACUAGAAAUUUCCGCUGCUUGCCAUCUGCAACUCCAGCCCGCCAACGUCCAUGUCUGGUCGCAGGGCUUCUACUACGGGAUUUACGCUGCUGUCCUUUACUUCCUUGUUGCCUCCCUCAUGACUGUAACCUUCCUUGGGGCGCAGUUUGGAUAUUACGUUAAGGACUUUAGCCUCACCGCGAGCCAGAGGACGUUGAUGUUGCAGACCAUCAUGUUUCUGAUGUAUCUGCUCAUCGGCGCCCUCGUAUUCUCCACCGUCGAGGACUGGAACUACCUUGACGCUCUGUAUUUUGCCGAUGUUACACUCUUCACCAUUGGCUUUGGCGAUUAUGUUUGCAAAACCAUCCUAGGACGCUGCCUUCUUUUCCCCUACGCUUUGAUCGGUGUUAUCAGCCUAGGUCUCGUCAUCGGUUCCAUUCGCAGUCUGAUGCUGGACAAAGGCAAAACGAGGCUAGGUGCUCGCAUAAUGGAUAAGAAACGACGUCGGAAAUUGCGCCGCAUGACUCAGAGGGGCAAAGACGAAGUCCUGGAGCCGAUCCGAGAUUCAACGGUUGAGAGGACACGAAGUGCAGGGACUUCUGGCCUAACUGAAUUCGAGCGGAGAAGAGAAGAGUUCAAGCUGAUGCGCCGUAUCCAGCACCAGGCCGCACGGAGGCGGCGAUGGCUUGCCUUGGCCGUGUCCACAGGCGUUUGGCUAGUCCUGUGGCUGGUCGGCGCCGAGAUCUUUCUUAUCUGCGAACGGAAGUAUCAAGAUUGGACAUAUUUUGAUGCUUUUUACCUCUGUUUCGUUAGUCUGCUCACAAUCGGCUAUGGAGACGUGACGCCUAUUUCCAACGCUGGCAAAUCCUUCUUCGUCUUUUGGUCCUUAUUGGCUUUGCCCACGAUGACGGUCUUGAUCUCCAAUGCCGGGGAUACAGUCGUCAAGGGUGUGCGGGAUGUCACAGACAAGCUUGGUUCUAUCACCAUCUUACCCGGUGAACGAGGGUUCAAAAAAGACCUAAAGAGCGUGAUUAAGAUGCUAUCGUGCGGGGCGAUCUUUGAGGAGGACGUCGAAGAAUUACCGCCCGGGUUCCUCGGGAAUGCACAGCCAAGCGAUACGAACAUGGACGAGACCUCUGAAGAAGAGGGAGUCACAGAACGAGAACAAGGUCAUACUGAGCCUGACGUCGAGAAGGGAGAUAGGCGCAAGGCCGAGGACGAAGCCGCCGAAAGCAGCAUGUCCGCGAAUAGGACAUCGAAAUCUGGAGAGAGAUCUAGGGCAAAAAGUCGACAGCCACCAUCCCGAAGCGGUGCCUCAACACAACUAAGUCGUCAGCGAAGCCUGCCAGUGACGCGGCAAGGGCUGGCCAAGAUCCCAACCCGGAAUGCCGAGUAUCACCUAGUGUUGAUCGAAGAGAUUGCACAGCUUACACAAGAUCUCAAACAUGACCCGCCCCGUAGAUACACGUACUACGAGUGGGUGCGGUAUCUCAAGCUCAUUGGCGAGGACGAAGCCAGCGCCGAGACACAUCUGAAAUGGGGGCUGAGCGAUCGUGGGAAAAGCAGAUCUCACAAUAACGACGAGCAGGCGAAUGGGAGUGCAGAUGCCCACACCAACAAGUCUAGCGACUGGGAGAUGAAAACCCAGGAUGAUGGGAAACCGAAAUGGAGUUGGGUGGGGGACGGGAGUCCCUUGAUGUGCUCACAAGACGAGACGGAGUGGAUAUUGGAAAAGCUCACUCAGAAAUUGACUGACGAGCUGAAGGAGGAAGCUACGGCUGGCGAGAGUAGACCAACUAGGAGGCGUAGGAGCAGGGGGAAAGAAAGGAGGGAACCGUGACAAGCAGGCUAUUCGGACAUUGGAAGCAUUGGGGGCGUUUCGAGCUAAAGCGAAUCACUCACUUGGUGACGCAAGGAUGAACUCGCAUGGUAUGAUUCCUUUUGGGGUCCUCGGGUCCUGUCAACCAAGUUCAGGACGAGGAGGGGACGAUAGCAUGGACCGGAGUUAGCAUUGGAAUAAGGAGUACUGCCAGUGGUCACAUUGGUAGUAGUGCCAAGAGAUGUUCAAAUAGAUGGCCCAAAAGAGUGCCUGAAAAUUCUAGAAGGCCAGUGCAUAUUGCUAUGUAUGUACAAUACAAUACAUGCAUACGUCUGGGCGAAUGUGCAUCCUCGAAUUACAAUACCUACACAGUAGGUAUACGACGAGACUGUGCCUGCCCAGAAUUUUUGACCAAUCAUUUCAUACGCAAAACAAAUGUUUCAAGGGCCGGCUUUACAGAU